AUAGUGAUUGCGAGAGCCACAGAAUCUAACGCGAAGGGAAGAGAAAGGCAAGAACAGAGGAGAGAGGCCAUCUUUUAGAGCAGUGGGAAGCUUCGUAUCACCUUCCUCAUCCCUCUAAGUUCUCUCUAGGUUCUCCGCCAUAUUCCUCCGACAGAAAGCUAAUUUUUUUGUGGGGGGGGUCUUUUUCAUCUGAUCACUCUCUCUCGGUUCGUAAAAAGGAGGGAUUUUUAGUUCCAUAGCUGUUUGCUCCACCUUUUCUUUUAAUCUGAUCACGAUUUUCGAACGAAGAGUAUAAUCUUCCCGUCUCGUUGUUUGAUUGACUUCCAGUCUUGCUGUUGCUACUUGUCCGAGUUGAUCUUCGCUUUAGGAGGAGGAGGGAGGGUUUCGUUGCCCUAGAAUACAGAAGAUUCGAUUUUUGAGUUGGAAAUCAUCUGUUCGAUUCCGGUCUCUUGUUUGCUACUUUUUGUUUCUGUUGAUAAUCUCGCAACUCCAUGUCUUCUUCCUUGUUUGCUUCUGAUUAUAAGUGACAGGAUCGCAUAAUGAUCGAUCCUAAAAGAGAAGAACGGAGAUGGGGAGUUUACGAUCUAUUCUGGCUUAAAAUCUCAUGAAACCCUCUUCCGGUUGUUGCUACAGUUGCCACUUAGCUACAAUUUCCAUACGGUUUGCUACGGUUAGGGUUAGAUGCUGUAUUUGCUUAUGUCCUGUCAGAUUUCUUCUCCCUUUUCAUUUGUUCGUGAGUUCAUAUGAGGUUGAAGAUAUCUAAUCUUAAGUGCAAUACGAUGAAGGUGUCAGUCAGCUUAACUGGUAAAGAAUCGCAAGGUUCUCUUGCUACAAUCUCAAUAUUUCUCUUGUUAUGCUCUAAUAUGAAUUCUUGAAAAUUUUCUUCAAGGUUCCUUUUUCAUUGUGUCAUUAUUUCUUGUUGAUCUGUGCAAAUAGUGCCUCAAUUUUGCAUCAGUGGUACAAAGGAUAAGAUUCAGAAAAAAGUUUAGGAUUUUGAUUAUGACAGCACGUUAAGGUGCUAAAUGACAUAGAAGAAGGAUCUCAGAGGGGUUUUACUUUGCUGUUAUCCUCUUUUCAUGUUACUGUGGUGAAGUAGUGGGAUCAUAGCAACAUCAUUCUAUGGAAGGUCAGGUCUCUGUAGGAACAGCUCAGGUGGAAGGAAGAUGUGUUGUGGUGCAGAAAGAGACUCAAAAUCUUACUGAUGAAAUGGUAGAAAUGAUUGCUGAUAUUGGCAUCCGAUACUCGGACUUGACAAUUGCAGAAGAGGUGGGAACUGGUGACAUUGAAGAGCAGCUGAAGGAACUGGAGAAGAAGAUUCUGUUACGUGAUUCUGAUACGUUACCGAUACAGGAUCAAGUUCUGCCACAAGUAUCCGAGUACUUAAAGGAUGUGAAUGAAGUCUGGGAACUUGGUGGAGUCUUAAGAUUACUAUGUUUGAGCAAUGAAGAUGAGAAACAUAAUGAACUCCUGAAUUUUGCCGAAAUCACUCUUCAGAUGGCCAUGGAAAGACUUGAGGAUGAGUUUGUCCAACUUCUCACUCAAUGCUGCAAACCUUUGGAACCUGACAGCAUGUCUCUUCAUUCUGCAGAAGAAGACAGCAUGGACAACUUCUCAAACAGUUCUUUUGAUGAGGAAUCAGUUGAGGCCAUGUCUCACAGUGAUACCGCCAGAGAGUCAGAGAAUGUUGUCAUUGAUUUGAUCAAUCAUGGUUUAAUUUCUGAUAUCACAGCCAUUGCCAAUUUCAUGUGUCUAUGCAAUUAUGAGAAGGAGUGUUGUCAGGCAUAUGUAAUAGUCAGAAAAGAUGCAGUCGAGGAGUGCCUGUCGGUUCUCCAAUUCGAUAGAUUCAAUAUUGAAGAAGUUCUCAAAAUGGGGUGGAAUGUCUUGCAUCGCACGAUAGAGAAGUGGAAGCAAGCAAUGCAGGUGUUUGUUCGGGUCUGUCUUGCUAGGGAAAGACAUCUUUGUGAUCUUGUCUUUGGAGAACUUCCAGGAUCAAUCAGAGAACCUUGUUUCGUCGAUAUCUCAAAUAGUUCAAUUCUUCAACUUCUCAGUAUUGCUAUGGCCAUAGCCCUUGCACCUCGAAAGCCAGAAAGGCUAUUUCAGACACUCAAUACAUACGAGGUUUUAAGUGAUCUUCUUGUGGACAUGGAGCAUUUCCUCCCGGAAGACUAUGGAUCUGGCAUACUAACUGAAUGCCAUGAAGUUUUACUGAGAUUGAAAGAAUCUGUGAGUGGGACUCUAGAGGAGUUCAAAUAUAAUAUUCAGUCAAGCAUAUCAUAUACUGCAUUUCCUGGAGGCGGAGUCCAUCAUCUUACAAAGUAUGUCAUGAAUUAUAUCAAAGCCCUUUCUGCUUAUGCGGAGACACUUGGUUCUGUUCUUGAGGGCCAACAGGGCACAGACCAAUCUUCAGUGAUGGAAGAUGGUGACAGAGAAACUUCUUCGAAUCAAUCCCCACUGGUUUGGCAUCUGAAGUCAGUGACCAAAAUUUUGGAAGCAAACCUUGCUCACAAGUCCCAGCUAUACAGUGAUGUCUCUCUGCAAAGCAUUUUUAUGAUGAACAAUGUCUGUUACAUGGUUGACAAAGUUAAACAGUCUGACCUUAGAAACUUCUUUGGUGAUGAAUGGAUUCGGGCGCACAUUGUGAUGUUCCAAAAGCAUGCACGGGACUAUGAGAGGGCCUCAUGGACUUCUGUCCUCUCGUUCCUGAAGGAAGAGGGGAUUCGCAGGACAAGUUCUAGAAAUCCUUCCUCGACAGUCCUUAAGGACAGAUUCAGAGGUUUCAACCAUGCAUUCGAAGAGGUUUACAAUGCACAGACAGCAUGGUCAGUUCCGAAUGCUGGACUCCGGGAUGAUCUGAGGAUCUCUGUAUCCACCAAGUUGAUACAAGCAUAUCGGAUUUUUGAAAGUAGGCAUGCUGGCUAUCUGGAUGGUGAGAGACAUCGAGAAAAGUACAUCAAGUACUCCCCAGAUGAAUUGGAGGAAUACUUGCUGGAUCUUUUUGCAGGGUCCCCAAGGUCAUUGCAGAGCCAACGAAGGUGAUAUAGGCAUGGACGGACAAACAGUUCCAUCCAUCUUUGUGCAUUUUAUCUUGGCUUGUGACACAGCAAGCACCAAGCGAAGAGAGCAUGCAUGCAUCACCCACCACACCAAGGUAAUGCCAACAAGAACUUGCAUGUGAAGUUGUUCCAGUUAAUUGCUCUCUUCGAUCGUCAUUGAAAGAAGAAAAAAACUAUGAUCGACAGUGAUUCUAAUCAGGUGAUGAAAUCAAAUUUGCCAACUUUGUCAUCUGCAUGUAGGCAUGCUGAGUGGUGAAACUAGGCACCACCAACAUGCUUCUUCUCUUGGUACUUUUUCAUGUACAUCAUACUUGGAUGUUUCGAAGAAGCUGCUCUCCAUUUGCUGUUGA